ACAACUGGAGCAGCUGUUGGCGCCAUGCGUACCGUUCCUCGUUGUACUUCACGAGUUGCGCAACAGUCGCGAGGCUUGGUGUACUGUAACUUUUGGCGCCAACGGAGCAAAAGACAAUAUAUACUUACAAUCAACGAGAAAUAACAGCAAGAUGCCCCCACGAAGACCCACAAAACGGAUUGCCGAACAACCCGUGGAGGCGGAAAAGGCGCCGAAACAGAUAAGGAAGAAGCAAGAAUUAAUUGUAAAACCUGAUCUACGGUCGCUUCCAACGGGUGGUGUUAUGCUUGUGUUCGGACAAGGUGAUUUUGGUCAGCUUGGUCUAGGAGAAGAUGUUACCGAGAAAAUGCGUCCUGCAGCUAUAUCCGAUUAUCAAGAUAUCAUAGCUGUAGCGGCUGGUGCUAUGCACAAUAUAUGUUUGAGAAAGACAGGAGAAGUAUUGACUUUUGGAUGUAAUGACGAAGGAGCACUUGGACGAGACACCAGCAAAGAAGGAUCUGAGACAAUACCAGGCAUAGUUGAAUUACCUGGUAAAGCCAUUCAGGUGACAGCAGGAGAUUCGCAUACCGCAGCAUUGUUAGAUGAUGGUCGAGUAUUUGCAUGGGGUACAUUUAGGGAUACACAUGGUUCUAUGGGACUAACAUUGAAAGGAAAUGAGCGAUUCCCUGUAGAAAUAUUACCUGAUGUAAAAGUUGUCAAAAUAGCAUCAGGUAAUGAUCAUUUAGUGUUACUUAGCGAAAAUGGACGUGUAUAUACUUGUGGACGCGGUGAACAAGGACAAUUGGGAAGAGUAGCUGCACGUACAGCCAGUAGAAAUACACGACAAGGGAUAGGUCUAUUAUUGACUCCAGGUGUAGUUGAAUUUAAAAUAAGAAAAAAGCUAUUUUUUGACGAUAUUUGGGCAGGAAAUUUUUGCACUUUUGCUAAGGAACAUCAAAAAGGAGAUUUAUACGUGUUUGGCUUAAAUAAUUUUCAUCAAAUUGGACUGAAGGACAGAGAUAUUCAUUUUCAUCCACAAAUAUCAAAAACCUUUAGCGGCAAAAUGUGGAGACAUAUCAGUAGUGGGGAGCAUCAUACUAUAGCUCUAGACGAUGAUGGACAAGUUUUCGUAAUGGGUCGCAAAGAAUACGGUCGCCUCGGUCUCGGAUCUAAUUGCUCAGACGCGGAAGAACUUACAUUAGUUCCUGCUCUAAGUUCCAUUAAGUGUAUUGACGUAGGCGCGGGUAGCAGAGAAAGUUUCGCAGUCACAGAAUCUGGUGAAUUAUAUUCAUGGGGUAUGGGAACGAAUGGAAAUCUUGGAACGGGGGAUGUAAAAGAUGUCGAAGAACCAGUAUUAGUUAAGGGCAAGCAAUUGGAGGGUAAGACAGUAAUACGAGUCAGCGGUGGCGGCCAACAUACUUUGGCUUUGGCAACGAUUCGUCCGGUGAAAGAUAAAACCGCUGGUUAAUAUUAAAUAUUAUAUUUCAAGACAUUGUAUAUGUGAUAUGAAUUUAGACAAGAACGAAAAAUCCUACCUUGUUUUUAUCAUACUUUAUUUUGUAACAUCCAUGAUAUGAUGAUCCGUAUUGUCUCGCCAAAUAGAAAUCUUCCAUUAUGUUUUCAAUCCUAUUCGAAAUCUAUUCAACAACGUUCAAAUUUGUAUAUAAUUUGUCAUUCUACCGCAAAUUCAAUCAUGUUUAUACUAAUUAAUAUAUUGUGUUCUUGUUGCAUUGUUAGCAUUAUUACUUAUAUAUGUAUUGCUAAAACAAUAUAUAUACAAUAAUUUUUCUACCUUUUUUCUAUGUAUUUCUACUUGCAAAUUACAAAUCAAGGUUUCUGUCUAAAAGUAUACAUGAGCGAAUACUUUAAACGGUCAAGAAAUUAUAUUUUGAAUAAUCAAUAAAAAUUGUUAAACAUAAAAUAAAUGUGAUAGCAUUUUUGUCAUUUCUAUGCCAUUUAAUUUAAUGAAAUCUUAUAAAUUGAAAAAUUAAGUAAUGUAUUGUGCAUUAUUAUUUGCGUUUGAAAUCAUGUAUGAAAUAUCUUGAAGAAUAAACUAUUUAUAAAAUUA